GCCGCGAUGGGGAGCCGGGCGCGCUCGCCGGCGCUGCUGCGCGGAGGGCGCUGACGCGGGAUCGCCUCGCCGCGGGGGGGGCGCCGGCGCUGUGGAUCUGCUGGGGCUUUCGGGCUUCUGGCUUGUUUUGUGCACACCCUCCCCCCAAUCCGCCCCGCCGGGAGUUUUCCUCGGAUUUGGAGACGUCUGGAUGCGCCCCGAAAAGGAAUUAUCAUUGCCGUCAUUAUUGCCGUUGUUGUUCCCAAAAAGAGGGGUCAGCCCCCGCGGCCUCCAUGGAGCGGCUCGGUCAGUAAGGUGCGACGUGACAUGGCCGAGACGGGCAUCGCGGGGCCCAGCUCCGGGACUCCCUAGUGCGCCGCACCCCUGAUGGGCAGGAGAGCCCCCGCCGAGAAGACCGCCCCCCCCCCUUUGGCAAUGGCUGGAUCUACGCAACCAGCAGCCCAGACCUGGCGGGGGGCAGAGACCCACUACCCUUCUCACGCCAUGUCCUACCCCGUGGCGCUAAAUCAGCCUCAUGUGGAUGUGGGUCUCUUGGAAUAUCAGCACCAUCCCAGAGAAUACCCUUCCCACCUGCCCCCAGGAUCUCUCUUGCACCCACAACGUCGGAGACCGUCCUUGUUAUCUGAAUUCCAGCCAGGGAAUGAAAGGUCACAGGAGACACACGCCCGGACGGAGACACAUUCCUAUCUCUCUGACCUGAGUAAACAGUCAGAAAUGGAGUUCAUCGAGAUCAAGCGACCUCGGCUGGAACUGUUACAGGAGCCGUUGCUGAGGCCGCCAACUCUGCUCAGCCAGGGAGGCACAGAGGGUCUCUCCAGGGAUCGAGGCAUAACUGGUAAACUGGAGCCUGUUUCUCCCAUCACCUCUGCCCAUCCUGACUCGGACCUGGAUCUUCUGCCAUCCCGGCUCUCGAAGGAGGAGCUGAUCCAGAACAUGGACCGUGUCGACCGAGAAAUCACCAUGGUGGAACAGCAGAUUUCCAAGCUGAGAAAAAAGCAGCAACAGCUGGAGGAAGAAGCAGCCAAGCCCCUGGAGCCCGAGAAGUCGAUCUCUCCCCCGCCGCUGGAGUCGAAGCACCGCAGCCUGGUCCAGAUCAUCUACGAUGAGAAUCGGGUGAGCUCCUCUCGCAAAUCCUCUUUUCAGCCGGGUUUACAUCCCAGCGUUUCAGUCCCAUUGUACAACCAGCCUUCGGACACAAGGCAAUACCAUGAAAACAUUAAAAUAAAUCAGGCAAUGCGGAAGAAGCUGAUUUUAUACUUCAAGAGGAGAAAUCAUGCUCGUAAGCAGUGGGAGCAGAAGUUUUGCCAGCGGUAUGACCAGCUGAUGGAAGCUUGGGAGAAAAAGGUGGAACGUAUUGAAAAUAACCCCCGGCGCCGAGCCAAGGAGAGCAGAGUGCGUGAAUAUUAUGAGAAACAGUUCCCUGAGAUCAGAAAGCAGAGAGAACUUCAGGAGCGAAUGCAAAGCAGGGGAGGACAAAGAGGCAGCGGACUCUCCAUGUCGGCAGCACGCAGCGAACACGAGGUGUCAGAGAUUAUUGAUGGGCUCUCGGAACAAGAGAAUCUGGAGAAACAGAUGCGCCAGCUUGCUGUCAUUCCGCCAAUGCUGUAUGACGCUGAGCAGCAACGCAUCAAGUUCAUCAACAUGAAUGGCCUUAUGGAUGACCCCAUGAAGGUGUACAAGGACCGGCAGGUGAUGAACAUGUGGAGCGAGCAGGAGAAAGAGAUCUUCCGGGAGAAGUUCAUGCAACAUCCAAAGAAUUUUGGUCUUAUUGCGUCCUUUCUGGACAGGAAAACGGUGGCGGAUUGCGUUCUCUACUACUAUUUGACCAAGAAGAAUGAGAACUAUAAGAACUUGGUGAGAAGAAAUUAUCGCAGGCGAGGAAAGAACCAGCAGCAGCAGCAGCAGCAGCAGCAGCAGCAGCAGCAAAUGCCCCGGAAUAAUCAAGAAGAAAAAGAAGAAAAAGAGAAGGAUGGGGAGAAGGAAGAGGAGAAACCAGAAUCUGAAAAUGACAAAGAGGAACUGACAAAGGAGAAGAACGAGGAUACGUCGGGCGAGGACAAUGACGAGAAAGAAGCCGUCGCCUCCAAAGGGCGCAAAACAGCCAAUAGCCAGGGCUGGCGCAAAGGGCGCAUCACUCGAUCUAUGGCCAACGAGGCCAACCACGAGGAGGUGGCGGUACCCCAGCAGAAUUCGGAGCUAGCUUCUUUGGAGAUGAACGAAAGUUCUCGCUGGACGGAGGAGGAAAUGGAAACGGCUAAGAAAGGUCUUCUUGAACAUGGACGCAACUGGUCAGCAAUUGCCCGGAUGGUGGGGUCUAAGAGCGUCUCGCAGUGUAAAAAUUUCUACUUCAACUACAAGAAAAGACAAAACUUGGAUGAGAUUCUGCAGCAGCACAAACUGAAAAUGGAGAAAGAAAGGAACGCUCGGAGAAAGAAGAAAAAGGCCCCUGUGGUCCAAAACGAGGAAAGACCUUUUCCCCCCGUGGCUGAGGACGAGGAGAUGGGGCAAGAUGGGUCGGGCACCAGUGGCAACGAGGAGGAAAUGGCCGAGGAGGUCGAGACGGAAGUUGCCGUUAAUAACAGCUCAGACACAGAGAGCCUUCCUUCUCCAAGACUCGACACCAAAAAACCCCCAGAAAACGGGUCCAAACCGAAUGCGGAGGCCGAAGAAGAAACAGCGGUCAACACGGAGAAAGCCACGACUUGCCCAGAAGCCAACGCCGUGGACUCUACUGGCCAGACGCUGGAGGGGAGCGACCCUGGUCCAGCUUGUAGUGAAAAACUGCAGGAGGAGCCCCAGGUUGAUGCGGUGAAAACAGAAGAUGCAGAGGAAAAUCCUAAGGACGCAGAGCCGGAUGGGGCUGAGAUAAAAAUGGAGGAAGGGGCAGAGGGUCAAGAAGGGGAAAAGGCCGAUGACCAGAAGAGCGAGAGCAGUAAUGGCGUGGGGACGGAGGCAGAGGAAGCCCCCAAGCCGGAGAAGAAGGAGAGCCAGAAAGCCAGCAAAACCGGGAGUGCUCACCCCGACAGUGAUUCUAGUGCUACGUGUAGCGCGGACGAGAUGGACGAGCAGGAUCCCACCGACAAAACCAAGUUGCCGGCUGCCCGCUUGAGUCUCCUCAAUGCCCCCAACGAUGCCCGGCUCAGCUCCUCACCUCAGAAGCCUCUGGACCUGAAGCAGCUGAAGCAGAGGGCUGCUGCCAUCCCGCCCAUCAUUUCGGAAGGCGUGCUGGAGGGAGCGCUGCAGAGUGGGGCUGCGAAACCCCCGGUGCCGGCUCACGCCUUGGCCCUCUACCAGCAGCAGAUCACCAUGGCCCACGAGUGUGCCCAGGAGGACGCUGCGCCCAGCAAGCCGCUCCAGCUGCCUCCCCCCUCGGAGAAAGAGUCCCAGCUCGCCAGCAGCCCCCGGGGAGCUCAGCACCGGAGCCCUGCCGAGGCCGACAAGGACGAAAAACCGGUGCUUUUCACCCCGCUUCCGGAUGGGCAGAAGCCGGGUGGGGAAUCUGCCAUUACAACCUGUUGGCCACCAGUCCUUCCCUACCAAGGAUCAUCAAGAGAUGUGAUCCGAACCUCUCCGCACACUGAGUCUCAUGCAUUUCAGUAUAACCCCUCUGGUCAUUCCCUCUCCUUAAAUGCUCAUGACAAUUCUCGGACUGGCCCACCAAGAUUGUCAGCCAUCUCCAAUCCUCCUCCUCUGAUCUCCAACAAGCAUCCCUCUGUUCUUGAAAGAACCCCAGGCUGUAUCGCCCAGGGGGUGCCUCUACAGCUCCAUGGUCCGUUCAGUUCAGAGCAUGCGAAAGUCUCCAUUGGUUCCAUCACUGUGCCUUUGACUAUGGAUCCCAAGAAGUUGGUGCCAUUUCCUGGAGUGAAACAGGAGCAGCUCUCUCCUAGAAGCCAAGCUGGUCAAUCUGAAAGCUUGGUUGUGCAGACUUCACAGGAGAGCUCUGUUCUUCGAGGUACCGCCUUGUCAGGUGGAAGCAUCAUUAAAGGCAUUCCUAGCACGAGGCCACCCUCAGAAUCCACCAUCACAUAUCGGGGUUCCAUCACACAUGGCACCCCGGCUGAAGUGCUGUACAAAGGAACCAUUACCAAAAUAAUUGGAGCAGACAGUCCCAGCAGAGCGGAGAAAGCAAGAGAGGAGGCCUUGCCCAAGGGACAUGUCAUUUAUGAGGGGAAGAAAGGACACAUCCUGACCUACGAUGGUGCUGUUGCUACCCAGGGCCCUAAAGAGAACAGCAGGAGCGCAGGAGGGACACAGGAGAUGACCGGCACCAAGAGAACGUAUGACAUGAUGGAAGGAAGGACCUCCAGGGUGUUACCUGGACGAGAACUUUCCUCUGCUAAUAUAGAAGGUUUAAUGGGCCGAGCCAUCCCUCCGGACAGACACAGUCCACUCAACUUAAAAGAACCACAUCACAUCCGGGGCUCCAUCACGCAAGGAAUUCCUAGAUCCUACGUGGAAGUUCCAGAGGACUAUCCCCGAAGGGAAGCCAAGCAGCUGAAGAGGGAGAACACACCUCCAAGGGAGUUGCCAGAAGCCUACAAGGUCAGGAGCCAUGAGAACCUCACCCCAUUGAAGUUGAAAGCGGUUCACGAAGGGCUGGUCACCACCGUGAAAGAAGCCGGGAGAUCAAUCCAUGAAAUUCCCAAGGAGGAUCUACGGCACACGCCUGAUAUUUCUCUGAUGGCCCGGCCCGUUAAGGAAGGCUCGAUUACCCAGGGUACCCCACUGAAAUAUGACACAAACACUGCCACAAAUACCAAAAAGCACGACGUCCGGUCUAUUAUCGGGAGCCCGGGCAGAAAUUUUCAUCCCAUGCUUCCGAUGGAGGCUAUGCAGGACCCAAGGACGCUGGAAAGAGCUUACGAGGAAAAUUUGAAAAGCAGGCCCAGCCCAGUGACAAACUCUGGUGGCUCCAUCACAAGGGGAGCCCCCAUGAUUAUUCCUGAGCCAGGGAAGCCUCGCCAUAGCCCUCUCACAUACGAGGACCACCAGACGGCCCAUGGGGCAGCUUUCGGAAGUCACUUGCAUCGAGGGUCCCCCGUCUCCACAAGGGAGUCAGCCCCCAGGCAGCUUGAAGGGAGCAUCACUGCUGGAAAACCAGUGUCUCAAGACAGGAAGGUCACCCCAACCUCCAGAGAAAUCACCAGCUCCAAAUCUCCUCAUACCCCACUUGCAGACCACCAUCACCCGAUGUCUCCAUAUGAGCAUCUGCUCCGGGGAGCAAGUGGCAUGGACCUGUAUAGAGGCCACAUUCCGCUGACCUUUGACCCUGCUGUCAUUCCCCGGGGGAUUCCCUUGGAAGCAGCUGCCUAUUACCUGCCAAGGCACCUUGCUCCUAGUCCUACGUACCCUCAUCUCUACCCACCCUACCUCAUCCGUGGUUAUCCGGACACUGCCGCCAUGGAGAACAGACAGACCAUCAUCAAUGAUUACAUCACCUCCCAACAGAUGCACCACAACGCCGCCACAGCUACCACCAUGGCCCAGAGGGUAGAUCUCCUGCGGGGCCUGUCUCCACGAGAGCCCUCCCUGGCUCUCAACUAUGCAGCAGCAGGGAUAAUUGACCUGUCUCAAGUGCCACACCUCCCCGUGCUCGUGCCCCCUACCCCUGGCACCUCCGCAGCCUCCAUGGACCGGCUCACCUACAUCCACAGCACCGCCCAGCCUUUCAGCAGCCGACAUAGUAGCUCGCCACUGUCCCCAGGUGCCCCCACACACUUACCCAAGACGGGACCCUCGGUUUCCGAACGGGAACAAGAACGCGAACGGGAGCGUGAGAAGGAACGCAAAAAAUCAGUGGUGACCACCACCACCACAGUGGAGCACGCGCCCAUCUGGCGGCCAGGCACCGAGCAGAGUGGCGGCCGUGCAUCCGCGCUCUCUCACAAGCACUCCCCCGUCUCCCCCCGGGCACAGGAGAACAUUCAGCAGCGCCCCAGCGUGCUACAUAACACCAAUAUGAUCUCCCCGGAAGGCCUCGCUUCCUCCGUGUUGCGAUCCUCUUCUUCCUCCUCCUCCUCCUCUUCCUCGUCCACUGCCACCACGUCCCCAGCUUGCUCCUCUGGCUUCUGUUCGGCAUCGACGUUGCGCAGCUCCGUAAGUGGCCUGGACAGCUAUGCCUCGGUGGUGGAGUCAGUCCACGUACAGAAGGAGGCCUCUUCUUCCAGGACCCAGGAUGUCAAAAGCGAACGGGCUCAGCCUGAGACCAACCACCUGUUCACCUCAAAGUUGUCCACAGGGCCGGGCCUAGAACAGACACCUUCGCCCGUAAAAGCAACGGAGCCCAAGUCUUUGCCCUCUUCUGGGUCAGGUGCAACCCACCCGUUUAGCAGAGGACAGGGGAAAAUCCAUCCUCCGCAUCACGCACCCCUGGACCCAUCGCUGCACGCAGUUUCGGCCCCUGAGCAGCUGAGUAGAGAAAAGAGUAAACCCUUUUCAGUUCAGGAACAGGAGCUCCGAGUACUCGGUAAGACCACCAUGACAGCGGCCAGCUUCAUAGAUGUCAUUAUCAUGCGCCAAAUUUCUUGCGAUAAGGGGAAGCGAGAGAGAAGCUCGUUAAAUAACGACGCCAAUGGCGAUGUUUUCCGUGGAAGCUACAGUCCUGAUGGCAUUGAAGCCAUAAGCCCCGUGAACUCCCCCUCUGUCCUCCAUGAGAAAGGGGUGAAGCUUACUCAAGAAAAGGAGAAAGGUUCCCUCAAACCUUCUGCAACAGAAAUCUCACACAUUCAGCAGCUCCACCAGAUCAGCGAAGGUCGUCAGUCCCCGAGCCAGCCGUUGCAAGGACCCCCAAACACCAAAGGCCAUCAGCGCGUUGUCACCUUGGCUCAGCACAUCAAUGAAGUCAUCACUCAAGACUACACGCGCCAUCAUCCCCAGCAGCUCAAUCCCCAUAUCCAGUCUCCCAUGUACUCCUACUUGGGGACUGCCGGUCCCGUGCUGGAUCUCCGCCGAGCUCCUACUGAAUCUUACCUCCAGCACCAACCGAUGGAGCACAUCCCCACUUCUAGAAUCUCCCCCGAAAGUGAAGCAGACCGAAGGUCGCCCGAGCAAAUUAAGAUUUCUGCUUCGGACAACUGCAUAGAGCCGAUCUCUCCGCCCGAGGGAACCGGGGAAUCUGAACGCAUCCGGAACAACGCCUACCCCAUUCUGUAUCGUGAAGGGGAACAGCUGGAGCUGAGAGGCGGCACCCGAUCCCCGGGAAACAGCAUCCAACCGCCGGCUUUUUUCAGCAAACUGACGGAGAGCAAUUCCGCCAUGGUGAAAUCGAAGAAGCAAGAGAUCAUCAAAAAACUCAGCACGAGCAACAGGAACGAGGCAGAAUACAAUGUGGGACAACCCGGAACAGAGAUUUUUUACAUGCCAGCGAUGACAGGAACAGGGUUAAUCAGUUGUAGGAACCAGGCGGUCCAAGAAAAUUCCAGUUCCAACAUGGGGCUGGAGGCCAUUAUCAGGAAAGCUCUCAUGGGUAAAUAUGACCAUCGGUGGGACGAUCCCGCUCCUCUUAGUACCAAUGCUUUUAACCCUCUGAAUGCCAACGCAAGCUUGCCCGCUGCUCUGCCCGUAACCUCUGCUGAUGGACAGAUUGACGACAUUCAGUCUCCCACGCCAGGUGGGGGGAAACCAAAGGCCACCGCCCGAGCUAACAGUCGUAAGGCCAGAUCUCCAGCCCCAGGCCUGUCCUCCACUGAGAGGCCACCAUCUGUUUCAUCCGUUCACUCGGAGGGGGACUGUAACAGGAGGACACCUCUCACCAACCGGGUUUGGGAGGACAGGCCAUCAUCCGCAGGUUCAACGCCGUUUCCGUACAACCCCUUGACGGUGAGGCUUUCCACAGGAAUAGUGACUGGUCCACCGCCACCCCCUGCCACCGUUCUAAAGGGCAACUCCAACAGCCAGAACCACGGUUGGGAGGAGGAGCCCAAACCGCUGCUCGUCUCACAGUAUGAGACCCUCUCGGACAGUGAAUGAGAAGAGGGAAGGCCGUGACGGGGAAGACCAAUGGACAGAUGGAUGUGGUGGCUAUGGAACGGGUCGGGGCUGGGGGAUUCUGGGAGCCUGCCUCUCGCAGGCCAGCUGCCAGAGCAGCGCUGUUCCCGUCAGCUGUUUUUGUUUUUUGUUUAAUUUUUUUGUUACAUCUGGAAAGAGGGAAUAGGAAACAAACAAAAAAGCUCAUUGGUUUAAAGCCUUAAAAACAACAAGGAAAUGGAACCCACCCCCAUCUUCUCCCCCACUUUUGCGGGGAGGGCGGAUGGCCAGGAGGGAGAGGCUUUGAGAUGGCUAAAUCUCAGUUACCAAUACUCAGGGGGUUUCAUCUUCUGCAUCAGUUUUGUCCUUCAGCCCAGCGGAGAAAGAGGGAGAAGGCAGCGUGUUGGCUUGGCCAACCUUGGUUGAGUUCAGCUUCUCGUAUUGGCCCAAGCAUCUUCUUGAGAUGGGCUGUUAAUCUAGUACUUGAAACACAGAUCACUCGACCGCCCUUUCCGUAUCGCCUCGUGUAGCUUUACGGGAGACCGCCUCGGUGGAGCUGCAUGUUGUUCAUCUGGGGAAGAUGAACCAGGGCGACCCACUGAAAGUUAGAUCUGGCUUCUGGUCAUUCAAAGUGGGGUGGUCUCCUUGUUUGGUGCCCCUGUAGACAUUGAAGGGUGGGAGUUUGCCCGGCUGAACUUGGAACAUGUGAGAAGCAGGUAGCCAGAACGUGGGGUGCAGAGAUCGACAACCAAGAGAAAAACCAAAACAGAAAAGGCCAUUUGUGGGGGGGAGAGAAGCCGAGUUGGAAUAAUCAUGGGAAUUAAUUCCUCUGUGCGUUCGUGGGUUGACUGUAGAUGGAGAGCCGGGGAGCGCAAGAGACAGCUGCUGGAGUCCGCUGCUUUCUCAAAACGCUGCCGUUGGUAUCAUCCACAGGGUAUAUUUUUGUUACGUUGGGAAAUUAUGCCAGGUGUUUCGGGGGGUUGUUUUUGUUUCUCGGUUUCGGGGGCAAGGAAGGACUCUAAAACAGUGUUAUAUGCUGCUUUUUUUGGUCUCUACUCUUGUACAAAGAGGAUUUCUAUGUUGCGUGCAAGAUUUUUGAUCUGUUUGUCCAUUGUAUGGAAACGUCAAGAGGUAACAAUGUUCCAGCAAAAUGGUUCUGUAAUUCAGUAGAAUGUAUUAACUUAGCUCUUUUAUUAAAAAAAGAAAUGUGAAUAUAUAUAUAUAUAGACAAACACAUACAUAUAUACACGCACACACCUACACACACAUCUUAAUUGCAAGGCCUUUGUCACGUAGAGUAACCCUCCAGCAAGGGAGAGGGCGACACUUUUCAAACAUUUGUCUCUGUAGAGAAGAAGGAGAGAGGGCAAGACCCUUGCAGGGGAGUUUAAAUAAGUAGAUUUCUGACCCCCGUGCCGUGUGCUUCUUCAUUUGUGGGGGGGCACGAGGAGCAGUCCCUUUCACCCCUUCAAACCCUCACAGACCACCAGGGCUACAGUUGGGUGCACAACAUUCCCACUUUCCCCCCUUCGCUUCUCUUUCCUUUUCAUUAGACCGUAGAACGAUGGUUGCCAGGUAGCCUCAGAUCUUUUUCUUACUUGAAGAAAAAUACCUUACUUUCUUACUUCUUACUUAUACUUGAAGACAAGGAUCCCAGACAGCCGAGUCUCGCCUGGAGCAGACAACAGCCACGUUUGUGUAGCUGAGCAAGGAUAACAUCACCCUGUCGCGUGGUUGAAAUUUGUUUCUACGGUGAGGUUUGCCUUCCCGGCCAUCUCCCUUCUACGAAACCUCUUCCUUUCCUCCUGCUGAUGCAGCUCCUUGUUACAGUAUUUUAAACCCCAGCAUCAUUUUCCAAAACUUGCGAGGGUAAGGGCUCAAAAAAAGGAAAAGGGAAAAGAAUCAGAGGAACCGUUAUGUUUUCCGCCUGUUGAGACUUCUGAAUUUCUGAGGCUAAAGGACUUGGUCUAGUGGUGCUACAGUUUAGAAAGAGUGCCUCCCCUCCCUCCCCGUGAAGUCGUGGCAAGGAAGGACCUGCAAACGAAGAUGCCUUAGCACGGCGUAGGGGGAUGGCCUGGUGGCAGACAAGUUCUGGAGGGAAUGGACUCCAGAGUUCAAGCAGAUCUUCCUAGCAGUGCAGCCUCUCCUAAAAGGGAAUGGUCUGAGGUUUGUUCAGAGCCAGGGGGUGCAGAAAUCCCCUUGCGACAAGCCCAGAUGUUGCUCAGUACUUUGGUAGCAAAUACUACCAGAUUUCAGUCUUACAGGGAACAAAGGUCUUACAAUGGCAGGCAGGUAGAAGCUGCUUUAGAUGGUUGAGGGCUGUGGCGCUGUGCUACGUCUUAAAAAGCCUGUCCAUCUUUCUUCCUCGAGGAUCCUAGAUGCUUUCUCGGGACAGGGGAAAUGAAGCACGCCCCAUGUACGUCACACAUACCCAGUUUUCUAUAGCAUAGGUCAUGCAUCUGCCUUAAACUGAUUCAAACUCCAGUCAGCUACAGUCAACGUGUUUCCUUACAAAGAAGGUGAUGUUCUUCAUUGUAUCUGGUGGGUGCCCAUGUUGCUUAUUCUUGGCCCCGAUAGCUGGUUCGCCGACACGAAGCUUUCAACCAGGAUAGCCGAGACAUAGGCAAGGAAGCAAAACUGUAAUUGUAGAAAAGAAGGAACACCCACUCCAUCGCAUCUUUGUAUACCUGUCUGUUGCUGGUACACUGCCUUGUUUUGAAAACCUCCCCUUACCUAUCUUGCUUUUGAGUGUUGUAGCUGGGAAGGGGCUCGAUCUGUUGUAGAUCAAAGUGUAAUUCGCCACAUGUGCCUAGAAAAGGUCGGGGAGAGUGAUGGCAAUGGAGGCUCCCUCAGCCUGGGCAUCCAAUCAGGGGUUUGCCUUUCCGAUCCUAGUUCUGUAUCAGAAAAACUACUUAGCAGCCAUGUGAUCUUCAAACCAAAUCUUGUUGCCUGUUGUCUGUGCUGUGGCAAAGAAAAGGUCAAAAUAUCUUGAGGAGAGCUGCAAGCUAGCUUGGUUUUCACCCAGAAUUAACCAUCCUGCAGUUCCUAUCCUUUAUUCUUCAGUAGAAUUGUCCCUCUCUUUCCAUCGGUCAAGGCCAGAUCUUUAACCCAUUCUCAGAUAAUAGACUGUGUCUCCCUAGAGGAGCACAACGAUAGAUCAGCAAACCUUGACUUCUACUUCGUUGAUACAUCUCCUGAUCUUUCAAGUUGAUUGGAGCAACUAUGAGGUCAGCCCAAGAAGUUAUCUUUCCUUCCUGAGCACUGCUAUAGAAGUGGCCUGCCAUUAUGUUUUGGCCAACCCAAAGCUCUUCCCCGGAGGACCAUGUCCAGAGAGCAAGGGAUCUUGCAACCAGAUCCCAGAUUCAGGAAGCCCCUGUGCCUAAUGGCUUUUUGGACCCUUAUCGCAAUAGAAAUACUCCGGGUCUUCAGGCGCAUUGAUGGCCUCCAACUCACCACGAGUGUAACUCUCACAAUUUCUUUGCUUUUGACCAUGCACGGAUAGGUCCAACUGUUGAAGAAGAUGCAGACUUCUCAAAUACACCAGGUUAUCUGCAGAUACCUCCACACGUACCUGAUGUUCAUAGAAGAGCAUGGGACAGAUGGGCAGAAAAUGCCACGAGCCCUUUACUUCAAUCUGCCUCAUCUUCACAAGACUUCACACCCUUUUCCUUUACACUGACAGACACCCACACACACACACACACAUGCACACAGAGUUCGAUAAAUUUCCUAUCCAUAACAUCUUCUCCAGAGCAGAUUUCUUGGCUCAGCUUAGACGGGACGGCCUCGUAGCCAACGAGGUCACUUGGUGGUUAUUAAACCGCGCUGAACUCACGCAGCUUCACCCUCCUCUGCCUUUGGCCGCACACACUCACAACUGGAACACAACACGUCGACGCCCCUUGCCAGAGUUUGCAAACUGAGAUGUGUACAUUCCAGGAAGGGAUUUUAUUAUGCACCCUCUUCCUUUUCAAAAGGUUAUUUCUGCAUUACCAAAAGUUGUAUUUCUCUCUCUGUAUGUUCGUGGGGGGUUGUGCGGACGUACGUCCACACCCCCGCACGCACAUACCUACACACAAAAACACACACUCUUGGGUUCUGUAUAUACAUAUUAUUCCGUUUGCGUGUGCAUGUAUAAGAAAUACAUAGACACACCUUUUUGAGUGCCUGAAUUAGUGGCCUGGCACAGUUCCCACAGGCAUGCUUGCGUGCUGCGACGAUCUUGGUUAAAACCCAACUUCGUACCGUUCGAUCACACGCAGAGAGGCACCGUCUCUGCCGACUGUUAGCUCUACGUUAGGUGAGCGCCAAGCACUGUGUGUUUGCUUCAGAGGAAAGCCAUUGUCCACGCACAUUGUCUGCAUAAUUUAUGUCUGUUUUAGUGACAUAUAGAUCUUACUGUGCUAUUUGCGAUAACUUCUUUUUUAAUUGUGCAAUCCGGAAAAGAGGAAGCCCUGUUAACCUAUUAAAGUUGGAAGUGUUCUCAGCUUUGCAAUUUGUACCAACACACAAAAAGAACUUUAAAAAAAAAAAAAAAAGGACAAUGUUAUUGUUUGAACUGUACAAGGGGGGUCGGGGUGGGGGGAGAGAAGAAAUCUAUCUUUUGUACAACCAAACUGUGCAUAGUGAGUUGUAUGAUAGAACAGACUGUACAUAGAAACUGCAAAUUGUAAAUAUUUAUGCAGCUUGCUCUAAAACGUUCUUUUUUUUUUUU